AUGAAAAGUAAGAGAAUCAAAGUCUUACAGUUACUUCACCAGGGAAACAACUCCAAGACUGUGUUGGGGAUGAUUUCUAGAAAAAAGUGUGUUGUAAAGAAAUACUACACUAGGAACUCGCUGGAAUUCCUUAGAGAAAAAGAAAUACUGGGAUCAUUGAAUCAUCCUAGCAUCUUGAGACUAUUUUACAUUGGAAAAACAAGAACACUGGCCACCGAUUUUGUUGGAGAAACAUUACGAAGUCUUAUUUCAAGAAAAAACAUCGGUACCGAGGAAUUAGCAAAGUUUUCUAUGCAGAUCCUCAAUGCCUUGGAGUAUAUUCACUCUAAGGGAAUAGUUCAUUUUGAUAUCAAACCUGAAAAUAUUGUCAUUUGUGGUGAUAUUCUCAAGAUUAUUGACUUUGAUUCCGCAAAGUAUGAGCAUGAAAUAAUCAAAAUCAACAACUUUACAAACACAUACACUUCACUGGAGUAUCUUGUUGGAUUGAAGACUGCCCAUUCAUUCAAAGAUAUUUGGUCAUUUGGGUGUAUUUUCUAUGAGAUGGUCUGCUAUGAAUGCUUGUUUAAAAAUGGAAAUGCAUUCAAGCUUGUUGCUGAAAUACUGCAAACAUUUGGAUCACCCGACAAAUCUGCAUAUUCGGAUCUUCAAAUCAAGCAUCUUGAUUUUGUCAACGUAUUUGGGAUUACUCAAAAAACACAAUUCCAUGAAAAAUUUUCAAAGAUUAGCCAAAAAUAUCAUCAGAUACUUGCUGAAGUUUUUAAAAUGAACCCACACGAGAGAAUAUCAGCGAAACGACUGAAGAAAGACAUAACCAAAUGCUUCAUCUUUCAAUAA